CAACUGCUUAUGCUUGCGACGCCUGACCAGGCACCACAAUUAGGAAAUACUACAUAUCCUCAGCCUGACGCCCUCGACAACCUGUCGACUAUCUACAGCAGGCCGAUUGCAUCCAUCACAUUCUCACCACUUUCGUCCUCCAGAUCCUCACGCCCGGGCAACAGCCCCUCCCCCUCCAACCACCAUGGCAGGCAUACUCAAACUCCAGCGCAAAUACCCCCAAUUCCCGCAGAACGAAAUCUUCCAGCUGCAAGAUGCGUUUCGGAAACUUGACGUCGACGACAAGGGGUACCUCGAUGAAGCCACCGUCAUCAAAGCCACCCAACAGUCUGAGAGACAGUCUUACGACGUGGUCAGACAAGCACUGAAGGAGGUGGAACUCGACAGCUCGAGGAGAGUGGAACUUGAAGACUAUGUCGACCUCAUCUCGAAAGUACGCGGUGCUGAGCCGCCUCAACAGCGUGCCCCUAGUGGACCGGUGCGGCCGGCUGCGGGUAACGGAACGCCCUCGCAUGGCCAUGCUUCAAAGCCUAGUUUAGGAGGAGGAGCUGGAAAGAUUCAAGUCCAAGGCUCUUCUGCAAAUGUUACACACACGAUAAAUGAGGAAGAGCGAACCGCCUUCACCACCCAUAUCAAUGCUGUCCUUGCUGGUGAUCCUGAGAUCGGUCAUCUCCUGCCUUUCCCUACCGAUACCUUUGAGAUGUUUGACCACUGCAAAGAUGGGUUGGUUCUGGCGAAACUCAUCAACGACAGCGUGCCCGACACAAUCGACGAACGUGUACUGAAUAUUCCAGGCAGGAAAGUCAAGACACUGAACGCGUUCCACAUGACCGAGAACAACAACAUUGUCAUAGAAUCUGCAAAAGGUAUUGGCUGCUCCGUCGUCAACAUUGGCAGUGGUGAUAUUAUCGAGGUCCGAGAACACUUGAUUCUGGGUUUGAUCUGGCAGAUCAUCCGACGAGGUCUACUGGGGAAGAUUGAUAUCAAGUUGCAUCCUGAACUUUACCGCCUGCUUGAAGAAGAUGAAACCCUUGAGCAAUUCCUUCGACUCCCACCGGAGCAGAUCCUACUCCGAUGGUUCAAUUACCACCUGAAGAACGCUGGGUGGCAGCGAAGAGUCGCCAACUUCUCCGGAGACGUCAAGGACGGCGAGAACUACACCGUUCUUCUCAACCAACUAAAGCCAGACACCUGCUCUAGAGCGCCCUUACAGACCAGGGAUCUCCUUCAGCGAGCAGAGCAAGUGUUACAGAACGCCGAAAAGAUUGAUUGCAGAAAGUUCUUGACCCCUACCGCUUUGGUAGCAGGAAACCCCAAACUCAAUCUCGCAUUUGUUGCCAACCUCUUCAACACUCAUCCAGGCCUCGAUCCUCUUACAGAGGAGGAGAAGCCAGACAUUGAGGACUUUGACGCUGAAGGCGAACGCGAGGCUCGUGUAUUCACCCUCUGGCUCAACAGUUUGGAUGUCCAGCCUACGAUCAACAAUUUUUGGGAAGAUCUACGUGAUGGAAACAUUCUGCUUCAAGCCUAUGACAAGGUCAUCCCCGGCAGCGUUAAUUGGCGUCACGUCAACAAGCCUCCUGCUCAUGGAGGAGAGAUGUCUCGGUUUAAGAUGGUCGAGAACACGAACUACGUCGUUGAACUGGGCAAACAGAACCGAUUCUCCCUCGUCGGUAUCCAAGGUGCAGAUCUCACGGACGGUCAACGAACGCUGACGCUCGGGUUGGUCUGGCAAUUGAUGCGCCGCGACAUUGUCAGCACACUGUCAGGCCUAGCUCAACGCAUGGGUAAGCGCGAUCUGUCCGACUCCGACAUGGUCAGGUGGGCAAACGACAUGUCCCGAAAAGGCGGCAAGAACUCCUCGGUCCGUACAUUCCGGGAUCCAGCCAUCACCAGCGGCAUUUUCCUCCUCGAUGUCUUGAACGGAAUGAAGAGCAAUUAUGUCGAUUAUGAUCUCGUUACCCCAGGAAAGACGCCAGAUGAUGCAUAUGCCAAUGCUAAGCUAUCCAUCAGCAUAGCUAGGAAGAUGGGUACCACUAUCUAUCUCCUUCCAGACGAUAUCGUGCAAGGGCGUGCUCGAUUGGUGACCACCUUUGUUGGUGCACUCAUGCGGACCGCGGAGAAGAUGGGAGUGUAGAAGAGGAACCUUUGCCUUAGGUCGUUGAUGGUGGGACGCUGCAGCAGGCCUCUGGAAGCUGGUCGCAUUUGGAAAUCAAGGGGGCCCACUUCUUCCUGUGUGUCUUAUGUUACAAGUGGUCUAAAUUGCCGCCCCGGCAUAGGAUGGUCUUGAGCUGACCAGGGACGAUGAGUGUCGUGGAAGCUUCAUUCCCGGAGCACCUGAUUAGGCUGACUCUUUCUGUCGAGUGAGCCACGUUUAGCGAUCGAUCGGCGCUGCGAUCUUCGACAAGACAAAAAAUUAUAAAGACAUUAGCAGACAAAAAUGCCGACCGUUGAAGCCCAGGGAAAAAGGUGUGGCACAUUGCCGGUCGUGAGCGGGAUGACAGCUCUGUAAACAGAUUUAUUAUUCUGUCUACGUUCCUUGUUUGACCUCUGCCGCGCGAAUCUAUUUGUUCACUAGAGCCUCGCCGAGCCAUUUGAAGUCCUACACAGUAGAUACACCGUCAGGACAUCUGUACGUAGGUAUGUUCAUGGUCCUUUAUUGACA